AUGCCUAGAUCGGAAAACGUAAGAAGACCAGGGUGCGAUAGCUGCCGUUCAAGACAUAUCAAAUGUGACAAAGGCGACCCUUGCGGCCAAUGUGUCAAAAAGAACAAAGUGUGUGUCCGUGGCACCAAGCUCAAGUUUCGGCAUAUUACAGUAUCAAGCGGCACAACCGGGAACCGUAGCGACCAGUUAUAUGAAUUCUCUGACGCCCAAAAAUGGUGUAAAGUUUCCGGGAAGAGGAUACGGUUCAUUGACGAGACCGCGGAUAUCAACAGCAUCCACAACGAGGACUUUGAAAGUGACGACGACAUUAUAUCCGACGAAGAAAGCCCUCCUAGCCCUCCGAAACCGACGCAACGCGCUAUAAGGGAGGACACUAACAAUGUUGCUUACUCUUCCCAACGCAAUGGCAAGACUCCAGAAACAAAUGCCAAAAGGCUUGGAGAAGGAGAUGCGCUGCCAAUUGAGCGCGGUCAACCGUAUCCCCUCAUCAAGCUCCCCGCCUUGCAUCCGCAUCCCACCUUUCACAGUCCAGAUUCAUUAGGCCACCUGUCAAUAGAUGAACCUCCUCAGACGUUCUCACCAGCACCUCGAAGCCAGCUUUCCGGGCCAAUUGGUUCCAUUAGCUCCAUCGGCAGCAACAGCUGGAGCGAAGAUCCUAGUCUGCCCGAGCCCAGGCGAUCAUUCCACACGACAAAUUUUCCACUGAAGGACUACCGAGAGGCGAAUUUAAUACGGUAUUUUAUUGAAGUUAUUGCCCCUUUCUUCGACUGUGGUGAUCCGCGGGAUAGAUUCAGAACUCUACUUCCACAACAAGCCGCCAAGAGCCCCUUGUUGCUGAACGCCGUCUUGGCCAUAGCAGCCAAGUCAAAGGAUGUGGACGGUAGCCUCGCAUUUUUCGAUAAACCGGCAGAACACUACUAUGGGGAGGCACUGAAUCUGCUCCAGCCAUUCUUGGGAAGCCUUGCCCAGGAAGUUGAUGACCAUCAGGUCACCGCCGCCGUUUUGCUACGGCUUUAUCACAGCAUUGAAGUACAGGAGGCUUUAGAUCUCUCACUUACUUUCCUAGUUUCUGUUUUUAGUGCAGACACUCAACAUUUUAUAGUUUCCAGCAGCAUAUCGGAGCUACUCGCAUCGCGAGCUUCACUGAUCCCGAAAGGUGGACUCGCCGAGGCGGCACUCUGGGGCUGGAUUCGUUUGGAAGUGUUUCGAGCAGUGAUGCAGCAGGAGGUGUUGGACCUCAGUUUAGAUCGUCUCGAACUCGACCGCAGCGUAGAGCCCGCAGACGACGAGACGUGGAUGUGGAGGAUGGUGCUUCACUCCAUCGACAUUCUCAGGUACUGCUUUGGGGCGAAGGGGAGUUCUGCGACGUAUGAAAAGCUUUCGGCGUAUGCAGCCCGGUGGAUGAGAUCGGUCCCAGAGACGUUCUUGCCGAUCUAUUUCAACCCCUCAACUGGCAAUGCUCCCUUCCCCGAGGUGCUGUUUCUCACCGAAUCCGUUGUGGUAGGACUACAGUUUUAUCAUCUGAAUCGGAUACUGCUGAUGGCACACAACCCUAAUAUGCCACGGCUGGGCAAGAAUCAGAAACUUGCAGCUCGGGCGUUAGAUGACGAGAUAAUCAGCGACUUGAAGAUUAUGUGUGGCAUUGCAGAAUCCCAUGGUCGCGGCACACCUGCUCAUAUAUUGGCAUGUAUGGGGAUAACACUGGCCGGGGAUCGCUUCAAGCUGCCAGCUGAACAAGAAGCGCUCUUGAAGAUAUUUACCUCAACUGCAGAAGUCUACAGGUGGGAUACAGUUCAGAUUGUGCAGCAUUUAAAAGAAGCAUGGAGUUGGCCGGAAGACACGGUAUCCGAACCCACCUGA